CUUGCCACGGAGCGUCAACUGCCGAUUGCCGGAUACCCUGUGAACGAACUCCGCCCGCCGUGAUGCUCCCAUCUUUGAACGAUUGCGAUGAUUGUCUGCCAUCAUACUUGCGACGAAGAAGUCUCGACUCGGUGCCAGCUUCGACUAUUGCGUGGUCUCUACUACCUCUAGUACUGACGUGGAUCGCUGUCUUCGCGGUCGCGCAGCGGAGACUCUUCCCGGUACUAUCGGGCGAUGGAGAGGAGCAGGAGAAUGGCCGCGGUGAGCUUCCGCAACACCAUGUCAAGAGUGGGAGCGUGAGCUGGAAGGAGAAAGUGAAGAACCCAUCGGCACAGCGAGUAGCAUCCUGGGUGUUCUCGACGAGCAUCGGACUGUCAGCAGUUCUGGUCGAAUUGCUCCUUUGCGAGAUCUCCAACACACUGAAUCCUGCCGCGAGAGGACUGGCGUUGAGGACGACACUGAGCUCGCUCUUAAUUUUGAGCGUGGUCAUCACACCUGGUUUAGAAAUCCACGGACUUGUCACAGGCACGCUUGGAGGAUCGAAGGAAUCUACAUCGACGAAGAGAGGCAAGUCGUCCUACAUACGACUGAGUUUGGAAAUGGUUCUCUUCGCAGCCUGGAUACUGUUCUUUUGGUACAUUCCACAAGCGUCGAUCCUAAGGAAGAGCUUGCAUGAAGGCGAACGUGGACAUGACGAGAGCAAACAUCCCUUUUCCGAGGCUUGCUUGGAGCGCAUUGGGAUUAUCGGGAUAUCCUUGAUGGCUUCUUUGUCGGGCUUUGCAGCAGUAUCGUCGCUAUGGCAGACAUUUGGCGUCCGACAUCGUACAGUCAAGGAAUCGGACAUCUCACGCAAGGCCUCUGGACUUCAGGCUACACAAGACAUGCUCGCAGCGAAGGCCAGCCGGGUACGCGCUCUCGAGCGUAAGAUGAGCGAGUCCGCAUCGCAGACCGAACAAGCCGGGUUCAUGGGUCGUAUGAUGGGAGGUUUUCGGGGUUCAAAGGAAGCAACAGAACUCCAGUCCCUCCGUAUGGAAGUCUCCGGCCUGGAAACGAUGUCAUUCACGCUCUCCAAUACCCUUAUGAGUACUCGUGCUCGUUACGUCGAGCAACAGCGCUCUAAGACCACCUGGGGCCGAAUCCUCAACGUAGUCAACAUGGGAUUUGCCAUCUACUGCGCCUACCGCAUCAUUGCGACAUCGAUCUCUUCGCUCCGUCGCCUCACGCAGCCAGGCUACACCACUGCGACUACGGAUCCGAUCAACAACUUUCUCGCUCUCGUCACAACCCAUUGGGACAGCAAUCUUGACCGCGAGGCCUGGUCCCGACAGAUCUCUUUCUUGCUGUCCGGCGUUAUGCUCCUGGCGUCCUUCAACGCUGUGUUGCAGACCUUCCGCGUGUUUGCUCGGUUCGCGCCGAAUCUGCUGCAGCAUGCGCAGACGAGUCUGCCGUUGGUUAUCUCUCAGAUCGCAGGCACAUACGUCAUCAGCUCGGCCUUGUUGUUGAGGAGCAAUUUGCCAGCGGAGGUGAGUAGUGUCAUUACGGAGGCUUUGGGUACGCCGUUGGAGGGAGGGUUUGUAAUGGGUUGGUUUGAGAGCUGGUUUCUGGUCGCCGUGGGACUUACUGCGACGGGCAUCCUGGUGGGCCGGAAAGUCAGCGGUGGU